AUGCAAAGAAAAAGCUCGACGCAAAAUUCUACCAGAAUCGUUGCGGACAAUCAACGAUCAUCUAUUGCAACCGUUCCUCAAUCUAAUAUUUCGACAAAUGAACGAGCGACAUGGUUUUACAAAGCAUCAGAUUCUUUGUGGCUGCCAUUUGGUGACAUUGAGAAAGAAAUUCUUGAAAAAGCCUUUUUAAAUCACGAGAAACAAGUAGAACUCGAUCGUUGUUUUGUUGAUUUAGAGAGAAAUAUUCGCAUUGAUAAAAAUGAUUCAUCUUCUCGUUUGCCGAUUAAACGUAGUGUUGUCCAAUCGUCUGACUAUACUGCUCUUCGUCCUGAACGUUUCUAUGCAUCUCAAAAACUCACUAAAUCAUUUAGUAAUCAGACAACGACUGAUGGCCGUUUCAUCAACGAAUGGAAACGACAAAAUCGAGGCCGACCCAUGAACGAACUAUUAGAACGAGCGGCAGAUGGUAUUGCCAAAGAAGGUACUCGACUGUCUGAACCAAUCGAAGCCAAAUGGAUAGCAGACGAACUUCGAUCGUUGAAAAAUAAACCUAAUGAAGAAAUCGAAAUGAAUGUUGUAUCGAUUUAUACUCGAGAAAGUUUUCUUUAUCGUCUAGUGAAUGCGACAUUACGAGAGAAUGAUUUAUCGAAAUUAGAGAAUCUUGGCCCAUUUUGUUGGCUACUUUUCCAUUGUGAUUGCUCAUCCACAUUUCGCAGUUUCGGCUAUGCAGAUACGCUUUAUCGUGGUGCUGACCUUGAUAAUACAACUAUUGAAUCAUACAAACAAGCUAUUGGCCUUGUUAAAACUUGGGAUGCUUUCUCAUCAACGAGUAAGAAUCGCAUCAAAGCUGAAUCGUUCGGCAACACUCUGUUUAUUAUUAAUCUUGCUAAAUCGACCAGCUAUCGAUUCUCUGGCAUGGACAUAUCAUCUCUAUCUGCUUACCCGAAUGAAGAAGAAGUAUUGAUUCGAGCAAGCAGAAAUUUCUGUGUAGAAAACGUCGAACAAGAUAAUUCCACAGGAAAAUAUUUAAUUUAUUUAUCUUUAUGCUAA